CCCUUUUCUGGUAAACAAAUUAAUAAUGAUAAUAAAUAAUCUCUGCGGGCAUGAUUUUCUGGUAUGAGAAAACGUCAAAACAUCUCCUUGUUGUUUUCUUCUGCAUUCUACAACCUUCCAGAUCAUUCCAUUUUACUGAAAUGGAAGAUAGGGAUUAGAGUUUGUUUAUAUAUUAAUAUUUGAUUAAAUAUCCCACCUACCUUCCUCGCAAUAACGUGCAUAUACAUACAUAUAAACCCCAUUAGAAGCAGAAUCCCAAGAGAUUUUCCAUUAAUUCAUUUGUUUUGUUUGCGCCUGCAAAAACUGCAUAUUGGUAUAAUCUGCGUUCCAGCUUUAGGGUAAGAUGAAUGGAAUAUAAAAAGAGUGAGAUUGAGUAGGGGAGAUGGAGGACACUGAGGCAGCAAGGUAUUGGUGUCAUCAGUGUUCGAGGGUGGUGAACCCAGUGAUGGAGGUGGAGGCUGUGAAAUGCCCGGUUUGUCAGAAUGGCUUUGUGGAGGAAAUGGGAUCUGCAGCAGAGACAACCACCAAUGAUAACACCAGCAGCAGCAACCCUUUUGACUAUGGAGGCUCUGAGUUGGAUGGUGCAAUCUCGCUAUGGGCGCCCAUCCUGCUAGGAAUGAUGAACAAUCCCCGUCGCAGCAGGCGCAGGUUCAGGCAUCUGGAGUUCGAGGGAAAUGGCGAUGAGAACAGGAAUGAGAGCAAUGGCAGUGGGCGUGAUGGUGAGGGCAUGGGCAUGGGCAUGGGCGAGGGCGAGAGUGAACGUGAUGUGGAAUCUAUGAUUCGUAGGAGGAGGAAUGCGGUGAUUCUGCAGCUUCUGCAGGGGGUUCGGGCUGGAAUGCUGGCUGAAUUGCAGAGUUCUGGAGGGGGAGGAGGAGGAGGAGGAGGCGGGGAGGAUGAUAGGGGGGAGAGUAGAGAUGGUGGGGGAGAGCGGGUGAUAUUCAUAAAUCCCUUUAGCCAAACCAUCAUUCUCCAAGGAGGUUAUGACCCAAACAGUAAUAACCCAGGGCCAGGGAGCCAUCAUCAUGCAGCUCCUUCAUUUGGGGAUUAUUUCAUGGGAUCUGGUUUUGACAUGCUGCUGCAGCAUUUGGCUGAGAAUGAUCCAAACCGGUAUGGAACCCCGCCUGCACAGAAGGAGGUGGUGGAGGCGCUGCCCACCGUUAAAGUCGAGGAUGAGUUGCAGUGCGCUGUCUGUUUGGAGGACUUCGAGAUUGGUGCAGAAGCAACAGAGGUGCCCUGCAAGCAUAGGUUCCACAGUGGCUGCAUUUUGCCAUGGCUGGAGAUGCAUAGUUCCUGCCCAGUCUGUAGGUUCCAGCUGCCUGCCGACGAGUCCAAGCGCGAGGCUAAUGAGUCUAGGGAUAGAAGAAACCAGAUUGCCGCAGAGAGUAACAGAACUGAUAGCGGUAGAGGUGAAGGCGGAGGCGGAGGCAGUGGUGAUGCAAGAAAUGAAAAUGGUGGAUGGUUUUCCGCCCCGCUUUUGUGGCCUUUCAAUGUCUUGUUUUCAUCCCAAUCUAACAAUGGUGGUGAUUCACCCCAAGCGGCGCUGCCUUCAUCUAACUCUGCAACGAAUUCUGCUCCCCCGGGCUCUAACACGCUGGAGGAUUAAAUCUAGUAUCACGGUUGCCAUUGCCAUUGCCCUUGACAAGAAGUCUUGCGCUAUGAGGUGUGCCUGUAAUUUGCACUUGCUUUUGUACAUAGUAUUGCGUUUUUGCCAAACUUGAAUGUACUUUUUCCAGCCUGCAAUUGUACAAUGGGUUCUUUUGCCUUGUUGUUUCAAAUAACUAGCAGGAAAUCUUUUUGUCUGUA